AUGGCCGGCUCGGAGCCCCCCGGCCGGGGCUGGGCCCCCGCUCCUCCCGCGCACCGCCUGCGCUCCCUGGCUCGCUCCUGGCUGGAGGAGGACGCGCCCUGGCCGGACGCGGCGGUGGCGGCGGCCGGGGACACCGCGACCCGCGCUCACCUGCUCAGCAAGAGCGGGGGCGGCUCGGGGGGAGUCCUGGCCGGAGCCCCCUUCGCCGAGGCCGUUUUUGGGGUGUCGGGGUGCCGGGUGGCUUGGAGGGUGCCCGAGGGGUCGGCGUUGCCGCCGGGGAGGGCGGUGGUGGCCGAGGUGGAGGGUCCGGCCGCGGGGGUGUUGUUGGGGGAGAGGGUGGCCCUCAAUAUUUUGGGGCGCUGCAGCGGGGUGGCCUCGAUGGCAGCCAGGGCUGUGGGGGUGGCGCGGGCACGGGGCUGGGCGGGGGUGGUGGGGGGCACCCGAAAAACCACGCCGGGGUUCCGCUUGGCGGAGAAAUACGCGCUGGGGGUGGGGGGAGCCGACCCCCACCGGGGAGGUUUGGGGGGGCUCCUCCUGCUCAAGGACAAUCACCGAGCGCUGGCGGCGGCAGCGGGGGGGCUCCAGCAGAUGAUUUUGGGGGUGCGCCGGGCCGGGGGCUUCACCCGCCGCUUGGGGGUCGAGUGCUCGAGUGCAGAUGAGGCGCUGGCGGCUGCAGGAGCAGGGGCUGACAUCGUCCUGCUGGACAACCUGGCCCCUCAGGAGCUGCAUGCGGCGGCGGCGCUGGUCAAGGCUGCGCACCCCGGCGUGACGGUGGAGGCCAGCGGGGGAAUCGUUCUGGAGACCCUCCCCCAGUUUUUGGGGCCCCACAUCGACGUGGUGUCCAUGGGGUGUCUGACCCACAGUGCCCCCAGCCUGGACUUUGCACUGCGUGUGCUGGAACCCUAAAAUCCAUCCCUGAAAAGCCAGCCUAGGACCCCCAGAGCCCAACCUGGCACCCUAAAAAACCUACUACAGAACCCCCAAGCCCAACCUGAGAUGCCCUAAUCCAUCCUGGGGGGGAGCGAAACCCACCGUGAAACUCCAAAAAUCCACCCUGGGAAUCCUGAAAACCCCGAAGGCCCCAAAACUGAGGGCGCUGUGAAAUCCGGCGCUGAGUCCUCCCAGCCGAAAGGGGGCGCCAAUGCCUGAGGCCUCCCCACAGCCUGGGACCCACAAAAUCCAUCUUGGACCCCAAAAUCUAUCUUGGAACCCCCUAAAUCCACCUUGGGGCCCUCCAAAUCCCCCCAGAGACCCCACAAAGCCCGCCCUGAGGAUCCCAAAUCUCCAUCCUGGGGUCUUCCUGCUCAUGUCCCCCCGUCUAAGGUGGGCCCAAAGCUCCACCCUGAGG